AUGCGGAUCCACCUGUACUCUACCUUCGUGGACCUGACGAAAGCCUUCGACUCGGUGAAUCGUGAAGGACUGUGGAAAAUCAUGCAGAAAUUCGGCUGUCCGGAGCGAUUCACUCAGAUGGUGCGCCAGCUGCACGACGGUAUGACGGCGCGAGUCACGGACAACGGAGCUGUCUCAGAAGCAUUCGCAGUGAACAAAGAAGUGAAGCAGGGCUGCGUACUGGCGCCUACCCUCUUCAGUCUUAUGUUCUCUGCCAUGCUGAUGGACGCCUACCGUGAUGAACGCCACGGGAACAGGAUUGCCUACAGGACGGACGGUCAUCUCCUGAAUCAACUUCGGAUGCACUUCCAAUCGCGCGUAUCCACAACCACCGUUCACGAACUCCUCUUCGCCGACGACUGCGCCCUAAACACCACCUCGGAAGAGGAGAUGCAACGGAGCAUGGACCUGUUCUCCGCCGCCUGCGAGAACUUCGUUCUGGUCAUUAACACGCAGAAGACGGUGGUGAUGCACCAACCGCCACCCAAAUCAGCCACAGCCCCCAACGCGCCGCCGCAAAUCAGCGUGAACGGAACCCAACUGCAGGUGGUGGAGAACAUCCCGUACCUGGGCAGUACUCUCUCCCGCCACACCAAGAUCGACGACGAAGUCGCCAACAGGAGCUCGAAAGCCAGUCGGGCCUUCGGUCGCCUCCAAAGCACAGUUUGGAAUCGCCACGGUCUUCAGCUGAGCACGAAGCUGAAGAUGUACAAGGCCGUCAUCCUGCCGACACUACUGUAUGGAGCGGAGACUUGGACGGUGUACGCAAAGCAGGCACGUCGUCUGAACCACUUCCACCUCAGUUGUCUUCGUCGCAUCCUGAGGCUAAAGUAG